GGGCGUCCGCCGCGUCGUGGGCCGCUCGGGCCGGAAUUAGAGCAGGGACCUCCCCGCCCCGGCCGGCGCAGUCCAGAGUGAAGCUGCUGGCGGGGGUUCUGUGAGGCCCCUCCUCUCGGAAGAGGUGACCCCCGCGCAGGGACGCUGCCGGGACGGAAACGUGGAGGUGGGAGACCCGCGCUUGCAGGGAGGCUGGAGCAGGAAGCCGCCUUCCCGAUGGGGACAGUCAGGGGGAUCGCCGCAGAUACAACCACGAAAACGCGCAAAGAAAGGCCUCGCGGGGUGCGUCCUUGCAUUGGCUUAAUUAUUAAACCGACAGCCAAGAAGGGGCCGCCCUGAUAGGCCGGUUCGCUGCCUGUGCGCCUGUCGGGGCGCGCAGGUCGCUACUGGAUGCUCGGGCGGCCGGGGAAAGGCUGCCGGGCGCCGCUGUUUCCCGAAGCUGCUCGGGCGCUGGGGACAGGGACGGGGCACAGGGACGGGACAGGCCAGAGCAGCCCCGAGGGAGGGUGUCAGGCGGUGUCCGGGAAAACGUGAGUUCCCGCGGGCUCUUUCCUCUCCGCAGCAGCGCCUGCCUCGCACCCUCUUUGCCGUCCUCGGGUUUGAUUCAUGCGAACCAAUGAGAAUCAAUGCGCACUGUGCGUGCGUGCGGGCGGGCGGGCGCCAGGCCCUGAGCGGGAAGUGCGGUCCCUCGACCCCGCCCGGCGGCCGGCGGUCAGCGGCCGGAACCAGCCCUUUCUUCUUCCGUCGGAGCAGGGCUCCUUCCCAGGCCGGGGGGAGUGACGUCCCCUACAAGCUGGCCGAAACCCCGCGCCUGGAGCGUGGCCCCAGCUCCCCCUCAGGGAAGUCCUGGAAGGCGCUGUCGCUGUCGCAGAAGAGGCCGUACGUGGACGAGGCGGAGCGGCUCCGGCUGCAGCACAUGCAGGAUUACCCCAACUACAAGUACCGGCCCCGAAGGAAGAAGCAGGCCAAGCGCCUCUGCAAGCGCGUGGAGCCCGGCUUCCUCCUGAGCUCCCUCUCCCGGGACCAGAACACGCUGCCUGAGAAGGGCGGCGGUGGCCGCGGGGCGCAGGGAGAGAAGGAGGGCAGGGGUGAGUACUCCCCAGGCACCACGCUGCCCGGCCUCCGGGGCUGCUAUCGCGAGGGCCCGGCCGGUGGUGCCCCCAGCAGUGUGGACACGUACCCCUACGGGCUGCCCACGCCCCCGGAGAUGUCUCCCCUGGACGCGCUGGAGCCAGAGCGGACCUUCUUCUCCUCCCCCUGCCCGGAGGAGCACGCCCAGCCCCACCACCUCCCACAGCUGCCCGGGCCCCCCUACUCCCCGGAGCUGGCGCCCAGCCCCCUCCACUGCAGCCACCCCUUGGGCUCUCUGGCGCUCGGCCAGACCCCGGGGGUGUCCCUGAUGUCCACAGUCCCCGGCUGCCCCCCAUCUCCUGCCUUUUACCCCCCAGCCACCUACCACCCGCUCCACUCCACCCUGCACACCCACCUGGGCCAGCUCUCCCCGCCCCCAGAGCACCCCGGCUUCGACGCUUUGGAUCAGCUGAGCCAGGUGGAACUUCUGGGGGACAUGGAUCGCGAUGAGUUUGACCAGUAUUUGAACACUCCUGGCCACCCAGACUCUGUUGCUGGGACCAGGGCCCUCAGUGGUCACACCCCACUGUCCCAGGUGACCCCCACGGGCCCUGCAGAGACCAGCCUCAUCUCCGUCCUGGCCGAUGCCACGGCUGCGUAUUACAACAGCUACAGUGUGUCCUAGAGCCUGAGCCCGCCCCUGCUACCUGCCCGUCUGCGCACAGCGCCACCAGCCUUCCUCCAGCCCCCAGUGGUGAGGCCCAGACACCGGCCCGGAGCCUCCAUCCCACAGCCAGGACAGGCCCUGCGGAUCCAGUGCCCCGUGAAUUCCACUGGCUGCAGCCCAGGAGCAGGGCCCUCUGGGACACUUCUCCCUCCCAGAAGACUUCCCUGCCCUGCUCUCCUUGCCUGUUGCCGCUAGACCCUCCCCUGAUGCUGACAUGGCCACUGAUCGCUGGGUGCUUGAGGUGGCAGAGCCAGGGUCCAGAUCCCAGAGCUGCCGCAGACUCUGGUAAAAGCCCCGCCCGUCCUCCCCUCCUCCUUCCGCGCCGACAAGCCAGGGCGGACCGGACAGCCGAGCCCUCCGCUGUCCUCUAGGUUUCUGAGUUAGGGUUCUGGUAAGGCUGCCUGAAGGACAGCGGGGAAGCCUGGGGAGCGCAGGCUGGCUCUGGACUCGGGCUUUCUGCUCUUUCUGCCCUGCCCUCCGUCUGCAGUGACCCUCGGGUCAGGACUCUUCCAGGUGGAGAUAAACACCCUCCCGAUUCGGGAAGUCAGACAGCAGGGUCACCUGCAUCACUGGAGAUAGGAUUGAAUUGAAGCUGGUUUUUUAAGAUACGUUUAUAGAUAAAUUCUUUUUGAUCACACACACUUAGUGAGAGUCUGUGAGAGACACCUCGUACUCACCUUCACACACACUGCUGUGUGCUGUAAACCGGGUCUGCUAAGUGGCUUUGCCCUGAAAGAUCCGCAGAGCCAGGUCCUGACACAGCAUCCCUGUCUGCAAAUCCGGAUGUGUUGGCUUCACUUCCUUCCCGCUGCCUCAGCUCCCCUUCUCCCUUUCCUGGAAUUCCCUGCUGUCCUCUGCUUGCUCUUCCUCCACCCCUGAGCGGGUCCCCAGCACAAAGAGCCCCUGACUUGAAAUCCCAGUGAUUCCUUUCUUUUCCUUGUGAGCCUGUGGCUCCCUGGAGCACCAUCCUCAGCCAGUCCCUUAGAGCAACUUCCCCGCAGCACGGAGGUGAGACUCACUUCCCAGCCAGAAAUUCACUGUGACUCUGACCCGGUUCUGAGCCCAGACAUUUCUGUCCACCCCCACCCCCAGCUUCCUUGAAGGAACACCCUGGUGGGACACUCGCUUGUCUUUUGACAUCAGCAUUUUAUUGCCCGGGUGAAAUAUGUUUUAUAUAUUCUCCUGUUAUGCUCCCCUUAUAUUUCGUAUUGCUGAAAGAUCCUUUUUUUUCUUCCAAGAAGUCUUAUGUAAAACCACUUAUAUGAUUACUCUUUAUGUUAUUACUGUGUAUGCCGUUUGGUAAUAAAUAGUAAAUUGUUCUGGUGCACAGCCCAGAAGUGAAUUAAUAAUCAUGUAAAACAGUAUCGCAGACAUGAAGCUAAACUGCUCCAUUUUUUUUGUAAGGACCACACGUGUUUGGAGUAGUUAUGGUAUUGAUUUGUCAAAAAUAUUUAAUUUAAAUAAACUUUUUUGUACCAUC